CGCCUACGUCUGUAUGAUCCCUAUUCUUAAACCAUUGAGCCAGGCAGUUUGCUGAUUAUCAUCACCUUCACCAUUGACAAUAUCCUUAUCAAAAUGCUUGGUGUUUGUAUCCUUCUUCAGAUUCUUCUUUGUGAAUCGGUUAUUGCGUGGUCCAAUGGCGCCAGUGCAACCGGAAUGACUGAUCCCUACGUUGUUGAUGGCUGCGAGUUCUGGGCGAACAACAUUGAAUCCAGCGACAGCUGUGAAUCCAUUGAGGUCUUCUUCGGGAUCACGAGGCAAGAAUUUCAAAUUUGGAACCCAUCUAUAUCAUCGUCAUGUAUCCUGAUUCGUGGAUGGAGCUACUGCGUCGCAGGUCGCUCUUCGGCGACAACGUCCACAUCCACCACAGCCAGCCGGCCCUCCGAUCCUCCAGGCACUAUCACAUACUCCAGUAUAGCGGCUCCCACGCAAAGUGGUGUCGCCUCAUCCUGCACUAAAUAUCAUCUAGUGCAUCCGGGAGAUACCUGCUACACCACUCAAGAUAAAUAUGGGGCUUUUACUCUUGAACAGUUCUAUUCCUGGAACCCCUCCAUCGGUAAGGGAUGUAUUGGUAUACAACCAGGCUAUUAUGUCUGCGUGGGCACUGAAUCCAGGUCCACUAUUUCUGAGACGCGCACCCCCGGGUCUACUACUCCGAUUCCGAGCAAUACCAGUAAAGAAUCCCCUGCAUCAGAUCCCCAACCACACCAAACAGGUGUCCCAGCAAAUUGCAACAAAUGGCACUAUGUCGUCGACGGUGAUGAAUGCGAAACUAUAGCUACUAGAUGCGGCAUUACACUGCAGCAAUUCUACACGUGGAAUCCAGCCAUUGGUUCCACUUGCCGUUUCCUUUGGAAGGACAAUUAUGUCUGUGUCGGUAUUGCUGGCGCACCGACGACGACCUCAACACCAGCCGAUCAUAUUACCACAUCGAGUGCCGGAGCAACACCUACUCUCCCCAGUACAACUAUUCCCUCCCCCAUUCAACCAGGAACCGCCACCGACUGCGUCACCUACUAUGAGGUCCAAUCCGGAGAUGACUGCUGGGGCAUUAUCAAUAAAAAGUUCACUUACAUGACUGGCGAUCAGUUUAUCAAGUGGAAUCCAGCGGUAGGCUCAUCAUGCAAGAUUCUACUAGGCUACCACUAUUGCGUUGCAGUGAAGACCGCUCAGCCAAUGCCAGACACUAUUGACACUUGCAUGAAAUGGCACCUUACAAGGGAUGGCGAUGGUUGCUGGCAGAUCCAGCAGGAUUUUCACAUCAGUGCCGAUAAUUUUAACAAGUGGAAUCCGCAUGUAGGGGCUGAUUGCCAUGCUUUGUGGCUUGGAUACUAUGUAUGCGUGGGUGUGUAG